GCGGCCGCCGGUGCCCCGGCACCGGCGGCCGUGGCCCCGGCGCGGGGGCUGCGUUUCGUGGGGCGCGGGGGCCGCCUCUGAACUUUCAUUGUACACCUGGUGCUUCACAGGGACCAUGUUCGGAACGUCUAAGAAGGAGUUGUGGUGCUGCAAGGCCACGCUCGCGCCCGGCAAGUCGCGCGACGACGUGUACACGGUCUGCAAGGCCGCCAAGGUGGACGCGAGGGACGUCAUCGGCGCGUUCGCGGGACUUCUCACGGAGUCCAGAUUCCAGCUGCUGAUCAAGGACCCGGCAUCCGAGAACUACUUCACGGCGCGCGACCUCGCGGAGGAAAUCGCGAAGAAGAAGAAGAUCAAGGACUACGAGUUCCACGAGACGGUCCUCGGCUCCAAGAAGGACAUAGAGAAGGGGUGCGCGGCGGCGGGGCAGGCGAUCUUCGCGUACUGCCCGGGCCUCGACGCGGUGCUGACCCUCGUUGUCAAGCGGGACACCCCCGAAGGGGAGCAGCGGCGCCAGGACAUGUUCGCGGUCGGGGACAUCAUCACCCAGAAGGUCCGCGAGGGCCAGCAGCAGCAGACGAACAAGAUCGAGAAGACGGUGGUGGAGGCCGCGACCGACAUCAGGGAUGGCGUCGGGAAAGUGCUCGUCACGCAGUCGAAAGUGCUCGUCGCGGAAGGGAGGGACAACAAGAAGGAGAUCAAGGAGACCGUCAACCAGCGGGCCGACGAGCAGAUGGCGUUCAACGCGAAGAUGUUGGAGGAAUUGGAGCAGGCGCGCCUGGAUCGCGAGGAGGCGAAACGGGAGAUGAAGCGGAUGAACCGCCUGUUAGCCGGCCGGCAGCUGCCCGAGAUCGAGGCGGCGCCGCAGUCGGCGUCGGAACAAUUAGCUUUAGAGUCGCCGCGCGGGCACUCUUACGAGCGCCUGGUCGAACCGCCCUCCGCGGGUAGUGACACGUUAGGGGUGACGCCGCGGACGGAAUCCAUGGGUGUCCGUCGCGCGCUCGCGCCGAAGUUCUCGCUCUUGCGCGACGACCGGCCGUCGCCGGCGUCGCCGGAGUCUCUGCAGGAGGACGUGGAGGACGUGGCAGCCGCUUCAGAUGAUGAUGAUGCGAUCGUCGAGGAGGCGCCUCCGAAGGAGGACGUGGCGGCCGACGCUUUAGAUGAUGAGACCGUCGAGGCGGCGCCCCUGCAGGGGGCCGUGGCGGCCGCCGCUUUAGAUGAUCAGACCGUCGCCGCGCCCGCGGCCGUCGCCACGCCGGCGCGGGCCGUCGGUUUCGACGAGGAGCUCAUGCGCACCUCGAAGAGCGCCUGGGCCUGGUCCCGGAAGAAGGACCCUCUCACGGCGAAUUACAAGGACCAGCCGAAGUACGAGUCUCCGCCAGUCCGGGACUCGGAGAUGGAGGGGAAAAAGAAAGACCCGAACUGGACUCCGUUCAAGAUCCCCAAGCCGUCGCCGGACGAUUCCAAGGCUCCGGAGAAGGGGCAAAAGGUGCUCUGAGCGCCGCGGCGGCGGCGCGCACGACUCCUCCCCCUACUUCGUAACGUUCUACUAUACCGAG